CAGACGCUCUCUAGUUUUCCUGAAGGCCUGGCGUUUUGGUUUUCUGUUGCCUUUUAUGAUUUAGGACCUCAGCUUCUCCCCCGGUGUCACGUCAAGACACUUUUCCUUUCCCUCUCCCAAUCUCCAUGACACAAGGAGUUUGCCAGAAUAUUAUUUGGAGAGAGGGUCAUGGAGGUUCUACGCCCACAGCUUAUAACAAUUGAUGGACGGAAUUACAGGAAGAAUCCUAUUCAGGAAAAGAUUUACCAACAUGAAGAAGAUGGGGACUUCUACCAAGACUCCAUGGACUACUCUGAUGAGCCCUGUGAUGCCUAUGAGGUUGAGCAGACCCCCCAAGGAUUCCGGGCUACUGUCAGUGCCCCAAGCCUGCUCUACAAGCAUAUAGUUGGAAAGAGAGGUGAUACCAAGAAGAAAAUAGAAACAGAGACGAAAACUUCUAUUAACAUUCCUAAACCUGGACAAGAGGGGGAAAUUGUGAUCACUGGCCAGCACAGAAACGGUGUCCUUUCAGCCCGAACUCGAAUUGAUGUUCUUCUGGACACUUUUAGAAGAAGGCAGCCCUUCACUCACUUCCUUGCCUUUUUUCUCAAUGAAGUUGAAGUUCAGGAAAGAUUUCUGAAGUUCCAAGAGGAAGUGCUGGAGAAGUGCUCCAUGGAUCGUGGGGUUGACAGCUCCAUUUUCCAGAAUCCCAAAAAGCUUCACCUAACUAUUGGGAUGUUGGUGCUGUUAAGUGAGCAAGAGAUCCAGCAGACAUGUGAGAUUCUUCAGCGCUGUAAAGAGGAUUUCAUUAAUGAUCUUUCUGGAGGCAGAGCCCUGGAAGCAGAGAUGGCAGGGAUAGAAUACAUGAAUGACGAUCCUGGAAUGGUGGAUGUUCUUUAUGCCAAAGUUCACAUGAAAGAUGGCUCCAACAGGCUACAGGAGCUAGUUGAUCGAGUGCUGGAACGCUUCCAGGCAUCGGGACUGAUAGUGAAAGAGUGGAACAGUGUGAAACUGCAUGCUACGGUCAUGAACACACUAUUCAGGAAAGACCCCAAUGCCGAAGGCAGGUACAAUCUCUACACAGCAGAUGGCAAAUAUAUCUUCAAGGAAAGAGAAUCAUUUGAUGGCCGAAACAUUUUAAAGUUGUUUGAGAACUUCUACUUUGGUUCCCUGAAGCUCAAGUCCAUUCACAUCUCUCAGCGGUUCACUGUAGACAGCUUUGGAAACUACACCUCCUGUGGACAGAUUGACUUCUCCUGAGGCUGGACUUGGAAAGCACUAGAAGUGGAAGGUCCUCACAGGUGCUGGAGAAGAAAGGCUGUUCCAGUCACCAGGGAGGGCUGUGGGAAUUUGGAUGCUGCUUGUCCCGGGUGGUUCUCCUCUGACUCCCUGUUGCCUCUGAUGGUUGUCCACAGUCACCAGUGUCAGCCAAGACGCUUGUGGGUUCCUGGACAGCUUGAGCCUGUCACUCUUGGCUGUUCUUUUGGGUGCUGGGGGUAAGAAUACAUAUAAUGUAAAAUUUAUUAUUGUAACCAUUUUAGGUGUCAGGUUCAGUGUUAUUAAGCUUGGGCACAGCAUUGUGCUGCUGUUACCACUGUUCAUCUCCAUAACCUUUCAUUUUUUAAAACUGGAAACUGCAACCUUAAACAGUUUCCUCAUUCCACGGAGCCCUCAGCCCCUGACGACUCCCACUUUACUUUCUGUCCACGAUUGUGAUGCCUCAAAUAAGUAAAAGCACACAAAAUUUUGCCUUUUUGAGACCAAUUUGUUUCACUUAGCAUAAUGUCCUCAAAGUCCACCCAUGCCUCCUCAUGUGACAAGCCUUCCUUCCUUUUUAAGGAUGAGUAAUAUUCCAUUGUAUUGUAUACUACAUUCUGUUUGCCUAUCCAUCCACAACAGACACUUGGGUUGCUUCCACAUCUUGGCUCUUGUGAAUAAUGCUGGCACAAACAUGGGUGUGCAGGUGUCUCUUCCACAUCCUGCUUUCAAUUCCCUUACUAGCCAGAGUUUUAUCUUUAGCGAAAUGAUGGCUAAAAUUAUGUUGCUUGAGCUGUUCACUUUCAUCUUAAAAUUAGUUCCUAGAAAUAUUUGCUGGGGGGCUGGGAAUAUAGCUUAGUUGGUAGAGUGUUUGCCUAGCAUACAUAAAGCCUUGAGUUAGAUCCCCGGCCCAAAUGAGGGCCCAUGCCAUCACUUGGGGGAUUGAGGCAGGAGAAUAGUUCAGGGUCAUUAGCUAUAUAGAGUUCAGGGCCAACCUGGGCUACAUGAGACCCUGUUUCAAAAAAACAAAAUCAAAAAAGCUUUUGGGGUCCUGUUGCUUCCCCCUACCCCCGUCCCACUCUGGCCUUCCCACACCCUAAUGGAGUUGUGACAGCUCUUUUCUGCUUACUCUUCAGGGCAGCAGUAGAGAAGCUGGGCAUCAGGAGAGCGUGGUGGCAGGAGCAGGCGCUGACCAGUGGAGUAGGGCUGCUCCAGCCCACACUCUCCCUCCUGCUGCUCCUCCACCUCCUUGUCCUCCCUUUCCUUCUUGUUCCCUCAUUCCUUAGCUUUACCUCGAUUCCUGCUUUCUGUGAAGUCUGCUCCUGAGCUGUGUUAAGGUCAGGUCAUGGUGAGGACCAGACCUAACAACACUCAGGGAUUUAUCAGUGAGAGGGCACAGAUCAUUUGCAUAUUAAAAGAGUUCCAGAAUAACUGUGUUUUCUCUUAAUCUUGUCAGAGAGUUCUGGUUUGAGCACUGUUGUCAGCACAUUGGGGCUACAAGGCUGCCAUGCUUACUCACUGGCAUAGCUGUGCCAUUCACUUGGGACUUAACUGUUGGUGAGUCAGGGUCAGGUUUUCCUAAAAGGCCUCAACUUUUUGCUGUUGAUAUAUUUUAUUUGAGGUGUCAUCUCAUUUCAGGUUGUUAGAUGGCACACGGCCACAUUUCAUCCCCACACUGCCUCCCUAUAGCUUGUUUUCUAAGCCACUGGGUAACCUUGACCAGUGGGGGUAAAGAUAACUUCUUUUGGGUGUCAGAGAUUGAUGACUUGUGUUUGAAGGAAUUCUUAAGAGUUUU